ACAAAUAUAAUUCCAAUGUUGGUAAGCCAUGGAGAACAUGGAUAAUAUGUUAUAUAGUGAUGGUAAAACCUUGCAUGGUUUUCACUGAUUUUUUUGCGUAAAAUAUGCCUAUUGGACAUAAUGAUGAAAUUCCUUUACCCGUUGGAUGGGAUAUUGGAAGAGACUUCGAUGGAAAAAUAUACUUUAUUGACCAUAUCAAUCGUAAAACUACAUGGAUUGACCCAAGAGACAGAUAUGUUAAAGCCAAGACUUUUGCUGACUGUUCAGGUGAAGAACUACCCUAUGGUUGGGAACAGUGCUAUGACCCGAAUGUUGGUUAUUUCUAUGUUAAUCAUAUCACUCAUACAAAUCAGCUUGAAGAUCCAAGACAUCAGUGGCGCCAGCUACAGGAGGCAAUGCUCAAAGAAUAUCUUGUCUUAGCUCAAGAGGAAUUAUCGGCUAAACAAGAAAUAUACGAUGUCAAGCAGCAAAGACUGUCCUUGGCUCUUGACAAUUAUCAUCAGCUUCAAACCACUGUAGCAGAACUUAAUAACUGUCAUUCUGAUAGUAGCCUGUGUUCAAGUGGAUCAGCUUUUUCUUACAAUAGUGUAACUAAAUACGAUCCUGAUCUUUUAAGAGUUGACGUGGCUGUAGCACGAGAGCGCGUAGAAAGAUUGAGACAAGAACUUGAUCAGAUUCGUAAAGAGAUGCAUUACAAAGAAGAAGGCUUAAAAACUUUAUCUCAAGUGGAUCGUCAAUUUUGUGAUCAGAAUACGUUCUACACACUAGAGGAAGCUAAAGCUCUUUUGGAAGAGCUUCAAAAUAUCCAAAAAUCAUUGAGGAUUGGUAAAAAAGAAAAGGAAGAACUAAUGAAGAACCUUUCAAGUUUAACAAGUGAUUUAUCUUGUCUCCACCUCAUUUCAUCUGAUGAUCCCAAUUCAUGUACCGUAAAAGAAAAACUGAGCACGUCAUCUCAAACGGAGAUGUCAGGAGAGUAUGGCCAUCUUGGAGUUCGGUUAGCUGAGAUGGCUAAUAUGAGACUUCAUUAUGAAGAGAUGCGUAAAGUUAUCCAUCGGAUGCAGCAGGAAUUAGCUGAUUUAGAAGAUUUGACAUCUCCUGAAGAAAUAGAGUCUGAUAAAGACCGAUUACUACUGAUUCAAGAAAAGGAGCAGUUGCUACAAGAACUUCAGAAUCGUAUUGAAAAAGAAAAAAGCCAUAAGGAAAUAACUUUAAUUCAGUCGGAAAUCGCUAAGCUGGAAGAAGAUUUAAGUAAUGCUAUAGAAAUAUCAAACAAAGUAAUUGCAAACAGAUUGAUGCUUCAUGAGAAGAAGAAUAACCUCUUGCAGCAACUUAGGGAUGCAAUUCGCCAAACCACAUACAUCGAGUCCAGGCUGAAAAGUUUAUCAGCCAGCACUCUGUCUAUGUCAUUAAGCAGUUCACUUGGGUCACUCAGCACUACCAGCAGUAAAGGGUCAUUAAGCAGUCUCAGCUUUACAGACAUCUAUGGACUUCCACCAAGUUCUCUAGAUCCAUCCAUUGAAGACCUUCACAAGCAAGUUGAGCAGAUACUUCAUAACAACAUUAAUUUAGAAGGAACACUUGAAGAUUGUUCUUCUUCAUUAGCAUUAGGGCCAUCUCUCUCUUCGUGUUCAUCACUUUCAUCUGUAUCCUCUUCGUUAUCACCAUGUGACCUUUCUCUUGAAUCAUCAAAUUGUGAUAAACAGCGAAAGGAUGGACUGAUUAAUGUACAAGAGCUAAAAGUAACAUCUUCCUCACCUGAACUUCCAAGAAUGGACUCUCUUAAACCGUCUGCGGUUAUUCAACAAAUAAAUCUGCCUCUUCCGUAUCAAAAUAGGUUCCACUCUUUAUUAGAAGAGUGCAUUCCUCCAAACUACAAACAGACUCAUGAACCAAGAAAUGAGGGUAACAGGCCCACCUUUGAUCCAGGUUUGAAUAAGGCACGAAGUGAUGAGUCUGUAGCAGGAGACAGUGGGGUUUUUGAAGCUUCAGAAAAAAAGCCAGGAAGAGGUGAGCACAAGAUCCAAAACUCCAAUGUUGAAGGAGCGCAGGUUCAACUUACACUGAGUUAUGCUUUAGAAGAAAGCAUACUUCAGGUUGGAAUUGAAAAAGCAAGAAAUCUGACGGCACUGUUUAUGCCUAAUAAUCACAAGAUAUUCAUCAAAGUUGGUUUACAGCCAGUCCUAUCAAACACUCUACAGGGCAGCACCAAGCUCUUAGAUAAUUUCCAUAAGCCCAUCAUCGCCGAGAACUUCAAGUUUCCCGUAAACCUCUCCAAACUAUACACCAAAACAUUACAGAUUAAUGUCUGGUGUGUGGCUCCUUCGGGAGAGACAGAAUGUUUGGUUUCCACCGUGAGUGAAAAAGGACAAGCUGGAUUGGAUGAAUCUACAAACACCAAUAACUCUAACUUGAAUGAAAGAAGUAAUAAUGUGUCAACCUCAACACUUACCAGAAUUCAAGAUUCCGAUGUUGUGGAAUGUGAUGAAUUAACAAAUGGACCAAAUGAUUCAGAGGAAGAUACUAGCAAUAAGGAAGAACAUUACGAUGAAGAGGAAAGUAGAAAAAAUUUGGACAUGACAGAAUUUCAAAUAUUACAAACUACCAGGUGUGGUGAGCAUCAGGAAUACGUAGCCGAGAGAUUAAGUCACCAGGUGGAGCUGUGUGAUAAAGAAACCAACACAGAGUGUAUUUUUCUUCCUUUCCAAAGUAAACAGAAACAAAUAGAAGAUAGUGUGAGAGCUAGUGUUAUAAAGAGAUCGCAGACUUUCACCCCUAAUGCUGCUAUCAGCAAACAUAACUAUGUUUGUAAAUUGAAUAGAAGUGAGAGUGACAGCUCUAUGCCAUUGUACAGAAAAGGAGUCACAUUUCAGCAAAAGCCAGUGAAGAAAAAUAUCAUAGCGGUACGUGCCAAGCACCGUUAUUCUCCGUCCAAUGAACCUAAAACUUCUAACGUGCGAACAUCGCUAGACCUAGUGCUAGACCUCCAAGCUUCGCACAGGCGGCUGACCCUUUUACAACAUGAAAUUUCCAGGCUAAAAGAAAUGAAACUGCAACUUGAGGAUGCAAAGCUUUCCAGUCGUUAUACUGUGUCAUCUUCAUUAGCAGAAAAAAAGCAGAUGAAGUGUCCUCAUAUUGAACAAAGUAACGAUAAAACUGAAGAAAAAGUGGAAGAAAAGUUAAAGCGAGCAACAAGAGAGAUUUACAAACUGAAGAGAAACAGAAAAAAGCAGCCUGAUAUUUCAAGUUUUAGGGAAAAAAUGGCAUUCUUCACAAGGUCAAACGUCAUUUCAAUCAUUCCCACAAUUGAAAGCACCAAAAGUGUGAUAUCCCAAAAUAUUGGCCUGUAUCCUGAUACCAGAUCAUUAUCUACUGAAGCAAUCGUUCAAAGAAAUGGGAGUGAGAACGUAAGCACACGGCAGUAUGUGGUGGAUCCAGAUUAUGGUGUAGUGGUGUGACCUGAAUUUUGUUUGUUAUGGAAGCAAGACUUUUUAAAUUUUUGAGUGCAUAAAAAAUCUUGACAUUGGAAGCUGGAUUUAUUUGUGAAAAUGGAGGUGUGUAUUGUGAUCUCUGGCUAUACUUUCAGUAAAGUAUUUAAGCUGGAUUUACUUGUGAAAUUGGAGGUGUGUAUUGUGAUCUCUGGCUAUACUUUCAGUAAAGUAUUCAAGCUGGAUUUACUUGUGAAAUUGGAGGUGUGUAUUGUGAUCUCUGGCUAUACUUUCAGUAAAGUAUUCAAGCUGGAUUUACUUGUGAAAUUGGAGGUGUGUAUUGUGAUCUCUGGCUAUACUUCCAGUAAAGUUUUUGUAUAUACUUCUUUUUAAUGAUUGCUCAUAGGUUGUGAUAGUUGAACUGGGAAUUCUUUUAUUUCAUUUAAAGCGAGUUUGGCUGCAAAGCUUUACAAUCACAAGAAUUCUUGAAGAUUGUACUAUGUGCCAUUAAACUAAAUUUAUACUUGUUACACAUCACAUAAAAUGUGUUCUUGGACAAAAUGCUUUCAUAAAUUAUGCAAGUUUCUUUAAGUGGUUUUUAAAUAUAACCCUUAUAGACUAUUUUUAUCAAUAUACAAGCUGUAAUUACAUGUACUUAGACUGUAUACCACCCACCAAUUUUUUAUCAUUGUGUAAAUACAAACACAUUUAUCGAGAGUCUUGUUUUCCAUUGUAAACUUACUCUAUAGCCAGUGAAGAUAUUGUGUAUAUUUAUGCUAUUUAUAUAUACUUAACUUAUAUCGGAAAUAAAAAUUAGAUUUCAGAAUUUUUUAAACUAAUAAAUGAUAAAAUAUCGGAGAUUCAUCUCACGGGUAUUUAUAAUUUGUGUUUAACAGUAUAAAGAUAAGUUUUGAUUCAUCCACAAUGUGUGAAUCUAAUGUACAUGAUAUAAAUGUUCUUUCCUUUUUUUUUCUUUUGAUCUGACUUAUUGUUCAUAUUUUUCUAUCUUAAAAGUAACUGUUAAUUUUGUGUAUAUUUUUUUAUGCAACUUAUUAUCUAAUGACAGUAAUGUCAGAGUUGGCCAUUUUGUAUAUUUCAGUCAUUUUAUUUUAUCAUUUUUUAAAUGUUCUCUCUCCAGUGCAAAAUAUGUAUAUUAUCAUUUUCAACAACAGCAACAAAUU